AGUUGUGAGGAAUGCCUCGCAGAAAGUAGGCUUACCUCUGUGAUAAUGACGGCGGGCGAGAGCGUGUUCGUUUUGAACUUAGCGACGAUUUAUCCGGAUGGAAAUAACCAUCCCUUACAUUUUUUUGCCCACGAUGCUGAUUUUAAUGAGCACUUGACUAAAGAUGGACAACUCUCAGCAAUUGUUGCCAUUUUUCAACACCCGGCGAAAGAAAAUAAUGCAAAAUUGAUCUUUGUACAACCGAGUUUAGAAUGUAGAACAAUUGAACCUGGAAAUAAAGGAGAUGGUUUGACUCUAUACGCAACCAAGAGUGCGCUAAAGAAUUAUGAUAUUGAUCUAAAGCGAACCUAUUAUGCUAAACUAAUUCCAAAUGUCCCCACAUUAGACUCUGUGUUUUUUUCAGUUCAAACUGAUGAUAGUGAAAAUUGGCUGAAAAGCGAUUCUUUUAGAAAUGUCAUUUGCCGAAUGAUCGAUUCAUCUCCAAUUCUAAUAAGGAAAAAUUGUAUGUUCUUAUGCCCUUAUGACGAAAGAUUUCAUCAAUACACGGCGUACAGUAUGGAUCUCUUAAGAGAAAUAUUUAUAUCUGAUUGUAGUCCUAUUAAACAAGGAAUUCUAUCAAAGAGAACAAAGAUCAUUGUAAAAAAAACCCCUCAACCUUUUAGCAAAAGGGAAGACCUUUCUAUGUUUAAAGAAAAUGAACAAAAUUCUAAAAAUGCCGUUCUAAUUAGUGACUUUGCCUUCGGUUUAUCCAUUAUAAAGAAUGAGCCGACAUUCUUAAAUGGUGCGAAGACUAAUCUUAAGAUAAUGUGUCAAAUUGUUGAUGAAGAAGAAUGGAAACAGUUAACAGAUGAUGAAGAUUUAGAUUACAUGAAAGAUGCCUUGAUAAGUAAACAAACAGCUUAUGAAUUAGGAAUCUUUGAUAAGAGCUUUUUAGUAAUCAAAUUUGAGGCGGGCACUUGGAGAACAGUUAGAAUAUGUUUUAUUAAUAAAAAUAAUAGAUCAGGCCUAUAUUUAUCAAAUAACCUAGCCUUUAAUAUGAGUGAUGAUAGAAUAUUUUGGCUAAGUCAAGUUGAGCGACCUUUAUUUAUAAAAAAAAUAGAAACAGAGGAUGCCGAAGAAGUUGACAGUUCUAGUUAUAGUAGGAAAGCUACUGUACCAUUCGCAAAGACUGUCCACAUUGAUGUUGUUUUCUCACCGAAUUACAAUGCGAGUGAUUUAUACUCUUCAUUAUUAUCAGAAUAUUUCACAGAAACUAGAUUCAUAAACGAAGGCGACAUCUUCGCUGUGGAAACUAGAAACGAUAAGAAUUUUGUAUCUAGCAUAGAAAACUUUCCGCCGGCAAAACUUGUUUAUUUUCGUGUGAAAAAGAUGACUGUUUGGUCAGAAUUUCCAACAAAUACAUUAAGAGUAGAUAAAGAAAAUAGUACCCUAUAUCAGGAAGGUACCACUCAAAUGUUUAUUCCUCCUAAAUUUUCAUCAAAGCAACGCUAUUUACCCGUUCUUCAUAAGAAUUUGUCUAACUGUUUGGAGCACUGUGAGCCAUUUUUGAGAGAUGAUCGUCCUUUGGAUAUUCUACCAACUAUACUUAUUUGUGGUCCAGAUGGCUCCGGUAAAACAUCUUUAGCAAAAGCUUUAGCAGAGAAUCUUGGAAUGCAUUAUUUAGUAUUUCAUUGUCAAAAUUUGGGCGGUGAUACACCAGGUGCUACAGAGGCAAAGAUUAAGCAAACUUUAAAUAAAAUAAAUAAAAUGGCGCCAAUUAUUCUUAUAUUACAGAAAAUUGAGCUCCUAGCUAAAGAGAAAGCUGGCAGUAACGAUGAUAUUCGAAUUGCUAUAGCAUUUUCAAGAUUAAUCCGUAAAUUAUCGGCAGAGAGAAAAAAUUUACCUUUUUUAAUUAUAGGAACAGCAAUCGAUGACAAAAAAGUUAAUACGGAUAUUCAUCAAUGCUUCACACAUCAUAUUCAAUUAAAUUCUCCAAACGAAUCGGAGAGAGAGGAAAUGCUUAAUUAUCUAUUAUCCAGUGAAGAGCUAGCUAUUGAUAUUACCUCAAAAUAUUUAGCUCAAAAAACUGCUGGUUUCGUUAUGAGUGAUUUGUAUUCGUUAUUAUUAAAAGCUAAGAAAUGUGCUCAAAUAGAUGCCAUUAAGUCUCUUUGUAGACUGGAAAAUGAAGGAACAACCUCUAAUAACUAUAUGAAAACAUUACAUUUAUGCGGUUUAGUUCUAACAAAAGAGAAUUUCGAUAAUGCUAUCAGUGCCCUUCAAGCCGAACAUUCAGAUGCUAUUGGAGCUCCCAAGAUACCUAAAGUAACAUGGAGUGAUAUCGGUGGAUUGGAAAAUGUUAAAGAAGAAAUCCUAAAUACUAUUCAGCUACCUUUAGAACAUCCUCAACUAUUCUCUUCCGGGUUAAGAAGGUCUGGUCUACUACUUUACGGACCUCCAGGAAGUGGAAAAACAUUGCUAGCCAAAGCAGUAGCUACCGAGUGCUCUUUGAAUUUUCUUAGUGUAAAAGGACCCGAACUAAUUAAUAUGUAUGUUGGACAAAGUGAAGAGAAUAUACGAGAAGUAUUCAAAAGAGCGCAAUCAGCCGCACCAUGCGUUAUAUUCUUCGACGAAUUAGACUCUUUAGCCCCCAAUAGAGGAAGAUCAGGAGACUCGGGAGGUGUUAUGGAUAGAAUAGUUUCUCAACUCUUAACUGAAUUAGAUGGCUUACAUACUGGUUUUGACGUUUACGUUAUCGGUGCAACAAAUAGGCCCGACCUACUCGAUCCCGCUUUACUAAGACCGGGAAGGUUCGACAAACUAGUUUAUUUAGGAGUCGCGUCCGAUAUUCGUCAAAGAACAAAGAUUUUAGAAGCUGUAACAAGAAAAUUGAAAGUUGCCGAUGAUCUCGAUUUAGAAACUAUCGCUAGAAAUUGUCCAAGAAAUAUGACAGGUGCUGAUUUAGCAGCAUUGUGUUCAGAAGCAUCUUUGAAUGCCGUGAAACGAGUUAUAGAUCGAAUUGAAAUAGAUGAUAAUAAUAAAGAAACAGCUAUAGUUGAAUUGAACGAAGGUGACUUCAACUACGCAUUAUCAGUAUUUAUUCCAUCUGUUUCGGAAAAAGAAUUACAGAAAUACGAAGAAAUAAGACAAAAUAUAGAAUCUUCAUAGGGAUUUGAAAUAGAAGAAAACAACAAUUAAUUAAAUAAUAAUAAAAUUCUUUUCAUUUCUUGUUUCAAAUUGAAUACAUCAUUAAAAGCUAAUUAAGAAAUAUU